AAUAAGUGUAUUAGUGAAACUAGUUAUGGCAAGGUGUCGAGUAUCAGUGUAAGGAAGUAGAAGGAGAAUUAUGAUAGCAACAGUAUUGUUCGGACGUCGUCAUUGAGCACAGUUAAGAAGAAGAAGCGUUUCAUCAUGUAUCCCACUGGUCGAAAUUUUGAAAAUUAUGGGACGUGGUAUCAGUAUGUUACCGCGGUUUUUGGGGAACAGGACCUCCGAUGUGGAAUUCGCCUUUUGCGACUUAUGCAGGCGCCUUUAACUCCGAGUGAGGCCUUAGAUUUAGCCCGUGAGUGGUUGGUUCUCUUUGGGCCCGCAGGGCCUGAAGUUACUAAAUUCACUCUGUUCUUCACCCGUCACAUGUUGGGAGACCCGGGUGUUCAUCGGGAGUUCUUUGCUCCUAAUCUAUCAGAGCUAGGAAGGUUACGGGUUGCUUUAAUGGAAUUUGAGUUUAAUCGUUCUAAACCAGUUUCUUCUGGGUACCCGAAUAAUGCUGAUCGGCAACUUCUUAUCAGUUACUCAGUGCCCAGUAACUUAGCGUCGCUUCUCGUCGAGAAAUAGGAGCUGUCUGAGAAAGUGAGACGACCAACCGUAGUAUAUAGUAGUCUAGUAUAUAGUAGUAUCCGGUGAGAAGGAUGACACCAAAAAAAAAAAAAAAAAGGAAAACAAAGGCUUUUCUCAGUUAGUAGAACUAAAUUUUGUUUGAUUAUUCUAAAUAAAACGUCUAUUAGUA